AUGGAAAGAGACACAGAAUUCGUCAACAAAUGGCCGACCCUCGGCAAAGCCAUGGUGUCCGGCGUUGAAUCCCACGACGGCCGCGAAGCCCAACUCCUCGCCUACAUAUUAUCUCGUGACCCAAUCGGUCCCUCUAACGUCCUCGCCACUAUCGACGAAUUUUCUUUACAAGAAGAUUUCCUCAUCAGUGUUGGUCCCAAGAAAGCUGUUAUUUUGAGAGAUCUCAUCAUGCAGGAGAAACCGAAAGUGCUCGUGGAAUUGGGGGGAUAUUUGGGGUAUAGUGCUGUACUUUUUGCGGAUGCGAUGGUGAAGGCAAAUGGAGGUGAAGCUGAAGGUGACGCGGAAUUAAAGAUCUAUUCCCUGGAGCUUGAUCCGACCUUCGCAGUUAUUGCUCGUAAAAUCGCCCAAAUAGCAGGGCUAGAACACAUAGUUGAAGUCAUCGAAGGUACAGCCGCCUCCUCGGUUACAAGAUUAGUUGAAGAGGGGAGAAUUACGAAUGUUGAUUUUUUAUUCCUGGAUCAUGUGGAGGAAUUGUAUGAGCAGGAUUUUAAGGUGGUGGAGGCAUUGGGGGUUUUGAGAAAGGAGGCAGUGGUUGUGGCAGAUAAUGUGGUUAGGCCUGGGGCGCCAGAGUAUAGGGACUUUAUCAGGGGAAACUUGAAAGUGGAGGAGGGGUGGGUGAGUUGGGGGGUGAAGGGUUUGAUUUGGCCGGGCGAUUUUGAGGAUGAAUUGGAAGUUAGUAAAUUUGUUGGCACGGGUUCUAAUAAGCAUUGA